AUGAAUGCUCUACGUGUCGGCCUGGCGGCUGGUGGCUCUGUCACCGUCUCGGCCGCAAGUGGUGCCGGUCUGACAGCGGCGGCUGGUGGCUAUGCUGCUAGUGCUGGUGUGUCUCGUGCAGGUGGGCGCGCCGGCUCAUCGUCGGCGAUGCUGGGGCCUGAGUAUGGUGUGGGUCGGGCUGAUUGGAAGACGACCGACGAGGAGAUCGAGGCCCGGAAGAUGCCUGUCGACUCGGGCCAGACGCUGCUCGAGGGAUACACCUUUGACGACGUGGCGCUGGUGCCCAAGUACUCGAGCCUGACCUCGCGGACCGAGCCGUCGCUCGAGACCUGGUUCACUCGCAACACCACCAUCGGGAUGCCGCUCGUCGCCUCGAACAUGGACACCGUUAUGGGCCCCGAGCUCGCCGAGGUCCUCAUCGCCAACGGCGGCAUGCCCAUCAUGCACCGGUUCACCGAUCUGGAGACGCAAGUCGCGUGGUCGCGCCAGUUUGCCGGCAACGUCUUUAUCUCGGCCGGCUUUAACGACGUCGACAACCUGGGCCCAUGCUUUGACGCGGGCGCGGUCGGCGUCUGCAUCGACGUCGCCCACGGCCACACCUCGACCAUGAUCGACUUUAUCAAGCACAUCCGCGACGAAUACCCGGACAAGCAAAUCAUCGCCGGCUCGGUCUGCACGCCGCUUGGCUACCAGGACCUCGUCGAGGCUGGUGCUCACGUCAUCCGCGUCGGCGUCGGCUGUGGUGCCGCCUGCUCCACCCGCAUUGUCACCGGCUUUGGCGUCCCGCAGUUCACUGCUAUCCACCAGAUCGCCAAGGUCGCUCGCGAAAUGCGAGUUCCGUUCAUUGCCGACGGCGGCAUCCGCAACUCACGUGACGUUGUCCUUGCCCUCGCUGCAGGCGCAACGUCCUGCAUGAUGGGCAACCUCUUUGCCAAGACCUUUGAAUCGGCCGCGCCAAAGUACAUCCGCCUCAACACCGACUCGGACUUUGACGUCGUUCAUCCGGUCAAGGUCGGAACGGACAUGCCGUUUAAGUACGACGUUUUCGCCCUUUAUCGCGGCCAGGCCUCGGAGCACUUCCAGUCCGACUACUUUGGUGGCGUCAAGAAGGGCACUGUCCCCGAGGGCGUCGACUUUACCACCCGUGUCUCGGGCUCGGCCCAGGAUCUGCUCGACAACCUCCUUGGCGGCCUCCGCUCCGGCAUGACCUACGGUGGCGCCCGCACCAUCGAGGAGCUCCAGCGCAAGGCCGAGUUCAUCAAGGUCACCUCCAACUAUGCCGCCGAGUCGUUCCCUCGCAUCCAUCAGUAA